UUGAUUACUCUUUUUUAUAAUACUACCCCGACAGUUUCAAUUACACCGAAAUGCCGCUGUCUCCGAACCCAUCGCAAGGCUUGGGCAUAACACUGCCCAACUGUGCUCACCCUCCGUCUCCCCUGCGGAUAUCCACUACCAGUUCUCCUCCUCUCGAACCCGGGGGUCAGACCCGCGCUCACGCUGAUGGUCAAGGAUCGCCGAUAAAGGUAGCCGCGACGGCGACGGCAGCGAGUAGUGGAGGGAUAGCAGGCACGCGAUUAAGAGUCAAGACGAAUGACAGCUUUGCCCUGCGGCCCACCCACUCGCACUCGCCCACCGCAUCCAUCUCUUCUAUUCCAUCUUCGCCUCUAACAUACAGCACGGGAACGGUAAAGAGUCUACGUACCUCGAAACCUCUCGGUCCCCGAUCUUCUCCACGCGAGGGCGGGACGCAUGGACUGCGCGUCGAGGUGGAGGAGAUGUACAGGGACGAGGCGCAUGGCGAGGAGAAUGGGGGUGACAAAGACGAUGACCGCCAGCGUCUCGUACCAAGCCCGACCGCCGACACCGACGCCGACGCCCACGCCGCGCCCUCGCGCGCACCUUCUUCCGCAUCCGUCAUCUCCACCUCCUUUUCCGCUUCCACGCACCACACAUCGUCAAGCAAGGUGGGCAGGGUGAAGAGCAGCGAAGUCUUGCGCCGUCGCGGGGCGGCUAAAGAAGGGGGCAAGUAUAUGCAGCUAGAGGGUGGAGAUGGAGAGAGAGAAGACGAAGAGAUUGUCCGUUCGCCGUUAUCAGGCAAAGAUGGAUAUCGAGAACAGCGACUCCCAAGCUAUCACCACCAGCACCCUUCUGUGCAUGCCCCUGCACCCGUGUUUGCACCACCCGCGGCGUACGCAUUUCCUUACCCGCCUCGACGGACAGGGCAGCCUGAAACGUUCCAAGCGACGGACCUGCCGCGCUCGGCGUCGCAGCCUAUGCACCUCUACUCUGUGCCCGCGUUCUUUGACCCGACGUACACCACCGCACGCCCGGCGGGGGACGACUCCCAAGACGACGAGCUGCGGUCGCGGCCAUGGAGCGAAAGCACACUGGACGGUGUGCGCGUGGGGACCGCGAAGCGGCGGGGGCGGUCGCUGUCUGACGGGGCGGAGCUGCUCGCGCGACAGGGCACGCUGCUGGACCCGUCGUGCGGCACGCCGCGGUCGUCGGCGGAGCUGGGGAUCCUGCUGGGCGGUGCGCGGUCGCGGCGGCUGUCGCGGGACCGGCUGGCGGCGGCGGGGGCCGGGGGCGGGGUGCGGCUGGAGGCGAGCAAGAAGGGGCGUGCGCGGGUGGAGGUGGACGUGGUGGUGGAGCGGGAGUGUGUGGUGGAGGGGGGGGACGUGCGGGGGCGGGUGGAGGUGCGGGUGCGUGGGGGGCGGCGGGCUCCGCGUGGGCGGCGGCAAGGUGCGCGUGGUGGGGUUUGA